UGAAGUGUGGAUCCAUCUCAGAUCUUCGACUGUCUUCGCGUCAUGAUCCGAUUCACAGAGAUUUUGAACGCAAAUUGCACUCGCAUUCUAUUUCAACACAACAACCAUCAACAUUUAUCUUUGAACUUUCAAGAGCUAUAUCGUUCAUAAAACAGGUUCUUUUCUGGUGGUUUUGUACAAGGCUUUGUUUUGCUAGUUUUGAAAAUAAGAAUGAAUCUCACCUGUUGUCCACCAUUAUCUCUUUAACAAAUCAAACGUAUAUUUGGAGUAAUCUGUAAAUGUUGAAUUGGUAAAACUGAAGUUUUUUGACGUGUUCACUGACGACUGUUAGAGGAAGAAAGCAGGAUUUAGUUACAUCCUGGUGUUUUUAAUUUGAAUGGAACAAUUUGUUGCAUUUUCUCAGUUUUCAGAAUACAAGGAAGCUUGUUCGACAAAAUAGUAUGACCAACGCUUGAUCAAGAUAUACGAAGAACCACAAUCAGCCAUCAUCAUCAAUGUCAACAAUGUCGUCGACAAACGAAGAAAAGGCUAUUUACGUUUUGGAACAGUUGAACGAACAACUUCUUUGCGCCGUGUGCAUGGAGAAGUACAGCGAGCCAAAAUUACUCGACUGUCAUCAUACUUUCUGCCUGAAGUGUUUACAACGUAUCAUCAACAACUGCGCAUCUCCGUAUAUAAGAUGUCCCUCGUGCCGACAUGAGACUGAGAUCCCUCGUGAAGGCGUCCAACAUCUUCCCACUAAUUUCUUUGUAAAUAAUAUACUCGAUUAUUUGUCUCUCGAUGGAGAUGCACUCGAGAUGCUAAAAGUGGAGAGGAAAUGCGAGUCGUGCCACGAUCACGAAUUUGCUGACGCGGCGACAUCUAAGUGUGUUGACUGCUCGAAAGUUUUAUGUGGUUCAUGCGUUGCCGAUCACAAACGAGCCCGCGCUACGUUGGACCACAGGGUGAUCGCAUUAGAGACGGACUACAAUAAGCAAGAACUGGAUCGUUACAGCAUCAGCUUUUGUAAGACGCAUACUCGAAACGUCAUUAAGUAUUACUGUAUCACGUGUGACAUGACCGUAUGUCGAGUGUGUACAAUCUUGGAGCAUCGAGACCACAGAUAUGUGUAUCCAAAAGAGGCGUUGCCUGAACAAAAGGAGGAAAUAUCCAAGCUUCUCGUGAAAACCAAGGGGAAAAUCCCCGAGCUGAAGAAUGCACUGGAACUUGUGAAUGAAAUGUCCGCAAAGCUGUCAGAAUGUCGAGCCACCAUCGUGGAAGAGAUAAGACGAAACUUUGAAGAUCGCGCUGCAGCUUUAAAAGAGGCAGAGAACGGGUUGUUGAAAAAGCUUGAUCUAAUUUAUGAUCGCAAACAAAAGGUGCUGGGUCUUCAAAAGGACGGUCUGGAGUUGGAGCUUGGAAAGAUCUCGGGCUGUUGUCAGUUUGCAGAAAAUGUCAUCAAAUAUGAAAACGAAGUGGAGAUUUUGACCAUCAAAAAUAAAUUGAAAAAUCUCUGCGACAUUAAGGUGAAGUUAGAUCCUGAAGAAGAUGACACAAUCCAGUAUACUGCAGACCCAGACUACCAUCGCACUAUCACCCAGUCCCUGGGUUUCAUUAAUGCCAGCAGCACGUUCGCGUCUUUAUCCUUUGCUGUGGGUGAUGGGAUAUUUACUGGUAGAGUCAAGGUGGAGGCAAAUUUUCAGGUGAUCACGAAAGAUCGCCAUGGAAACAGAAGCGAAGGGGGUGACAAACUAAACGUUGUCAUAAGACAAUCUGAUGGCGCUUUCUUGAAAUGCAAAGUAGUCGACCAAGACAACGGGACAUACUUUAUCAGCUACACUCCAGAGAUUAACGGAAAACACGAGAUAUCAGUGACAAUACAAGACAAGCCAAUCAAAGACAGCCCUUUUAACGUCCUCGUGAUAAAUAGACGCGAGUACAACGAGGUUGGCUCUACCCUGAUGAGAUUUGGUCAAUACGGGAGUAAAAAAAAGGAAUUCAAGUCUCCCUUCGGUGUAGCGUGCGACCAGCACGGUCAUAUUUAUGUUGCAGACAGCUAUAAUCACAGAGUGCAAGUGUUCGGGACUAAAGGAGAAUUCGUGAACUUUUUCGGAGGACAUGGAGAAAGAAAAGGUGAGUUUAAUUGUCCUACUGAUGUCGUCGUGGAUUCUGCUGACCGCGUGAUCGUAUGCGACAAUGGCAACAAUCGCAUUCAGAUUCUUACACAGAGCGGUGGGUUCAUUGGAAAGUUUGGCCGCGAGGGAGGGGGGAACGGGCAGUUCAAAUCUCCUUGGGGUGUUGCCGUAAAUGAAGCUAAUCAGAUACUAGUCGCAGACAUGGAAAAUCACAGAAUACAGAUUUUUAAUCCAGAUGGAAAAUUUCUUUUAAAGUUUGGUUUAUUUGGUGAGAAGAAUGGUCAGUUUAAUUCACCUUGCUAUGUUCUUGUGCAUAAAGAAAGCAGUAAUAUUAUUGUGGCCGAUUCGAAGAACCAUCGUUUACAGUUCUUUGAUAAAAGCGGUCGCUUUAGAAGGAAGAUGGGCACGCAGGGAAGUCGUGAACUUCAAUUCACUCAUCCCAGAGGUUUAGCCAUUGACGUCUGUGGUCAUUUGGUUGUCGCUGAUAUGGGCAAUCAUCGAUUACAGAUUUUGACGCUGGAUGGGAAGCUGGUGAAAACUAUUGGCUCAGAAGGGAGUGGUGAUGGUCAGCUGUCUUUCCCCGAGAGUGUUGCAGUAACUCCAAACACUGGGUAUAUUGUCGUAUCGGAUCUGAGCAAUAACCGCAUUCAAGUGUUUUGAGCCUCAUCUUUCACUGUCUUAUGGUUUUAUGAAAAACAUGACAAGAUAUAUGCAGGCACGAAAUAUGCUAGUGAAGCAUCAGUCAAAUGCAAUUAAAAUCACAAAGUUUUCAGACAUUUUUUAGAUGAAGAGAAUGACUAAAAGAUACAACAUUAGGAACGAACAAAAGACUUGAGGAAUGUAAAAGAUUUUUUAAAAUUCUAUAAGAUCAGAUUGAUUAAAAUGAAUUUAAUCAAAACGAGGCAAUAUAGGCUACAAAUGCAACACAAAUCAGAAGGAAAAAGUGGAAGAAAAAACGAUCAAAUACUCGCAUUGUGAACUGCCAAUCAGCUUCGAGUUCGCUCGUACGACAUUGCUCAUUAAAAUGCGUUGUAAUUUUUUGAAGCUCCUGUACGAUUUUAUCAUCUUCAAGCUGUUUCCAUUUGCUCAUCAUGCUUCCUAGAGAAACUUGUUGAAGGUCAUUGCUUGUGAUCUAAAACGAAAGGGAUUGUCGUGUAACAUUUUAAUUAGGUUGAGUAAAACGCAUCUUGAUUCAUAAAGCAUUUAAUUUUUUACGAUUUGAAAUAUGUGUUUUGGUAUUUUAUUAAAUUUGAUCCAAAUUCCAUUGGAGAGGAAAGAAAAAAAUCCGGUACCUGACGCUCAGCGAUCGUUGUAUUUCCAAAAUUAACGGCUGCACUAUUUGUGGAGAAAUUCUUGGGACUUUUAACGCACAAAACGCGUGCAAUAAAAUCUCGGAUCACCGCCAGAUUACGGGGCACUGGAUCAGAGUACGGACCGUGAUUUAGACGCAGUAUGAUAGCAGUUGCCAAAAGUGAAAGUACCGUGUGGACUUGGAUGCAGUUAAAAAACUGGGUCAGCAUUGGUGUGACGUCGGAAGUGACCGGCGUCCUCUCGUUUACGAUAAGCAUGAACACGAAUAGACCAAGCAUAACUGAUGUCACCAGUGAUACCCUUUCACCAGACUCUGCAGGAAAUAAAAACGAGAUACAAGACAAAAGUGAAAGCAAAAUUGACGGGAUGAUUAUCGUUGUUACGUAAUAUGACGGUUUUCUUCGAAAUUCAAACGUAUAAGUUAUGUCGUGGAAUGGAAAUUUGCAGCACGUGUAAUUAACGGUGUUACGUAUAGCAUUCACAGAUUUAUACUCCCAAACAGAAUUUGCCUCGAAGUUGCUCAAAUCGAUGUUAUUGGUGUGCAUUUGUAAAUCCAAAUCCUCGCUGUCGUAUGCCCAGAAGCCAAUUUUCAGCUCGCAUUUUUGAGUAUCAAACGGAAAAUAUCUGAUGUUGAUUGGACACACUGAUGAUAAGAUGAGAGGACAUACUAAACGGACGUAACCGUCAGAACGUAUCUUGAUUUGAUAAUUUAAGUCGAACAUCACUCCACCAUUUUCGUCGGCGCUAGAAUAAAAAAAGAAUUCGUCAUCUAACUGCAUGCACAUGCGCCGAAAAAUAUCUGAAAAGGCCAGAAAUGCCAAAAUUUUCAUGCGAAACUAAGACACGUGUGAUUUUGAGGAAAAGUCUGAUAUACCUGGAGAAGAAGUUCAUUUUAAUUAUAAGAAAGAGAAAAAGGCAGAAAAACUUAAUAAAAUAAUUCAUGUUCUACUAUCUCGGCAGUAGAAUCAGGAUGGAGAUUAGGACUGUAGACGUUUAUUUUAUGAAUCAUAAGAUUUUUAAAUAGCAAAUGUAAAUUGGAGUAAAGAAGAUUCUCUAAGCCGAGCCAGGUAGGCUAUCUCAUCUGCAUCAGACUUACUUAUUAUAAAGUGUCAAGUCAGGUAUCCAUACUUUAGAAGGGCUGACGUAAAUGUGCUUAUACCCUCCAUACUCGCUUGAAUUCCACUUUAAAGCGACAUCUUUCCAAUACUGUAACAAGAAGUGUCAAAAACAUGUUUUAUAUAAGUAGUUUAAGUUUAAAUUUUUUACGUUGCCUUUUAAAGUGAUCUCGAUUUUCGUUUGAGAAAGAAAGUGGAACAGAGUAUAAAUUAAUAUUCUAUUCUCUCUUAUAAUGGCUUUGAAAUGAAGUGAAACAGAUUAUUCGUGUUGUAUAUUGUUAUGUCAAAUGUUAAAAAAAAAACAGAUUAGCAAUCACAUUGCUCACUUGA